GCUGCCGGCCUGGGAGGAGGCGGCGGAGGUACCCGGCCGGGCGGGAGGAGGAGCUGCUGCCCCUCGCCGCCGCCUGCUCGCUCCGCCGCCGCGCUGCCGGGAGGGGUGGCCGCGCCGCCCCCCCUGCCCCGCGAUGCCGCUUUUCGCUACCAACCCCUUCGACCAGGAUGUGGAGAAAGCAACCAGUGAGAUGAACACUGCAGAGGACUGGGGCCUCAUCUUGGACAUCUGUGACAAGGUUGGACAGUCACGCACAGGGCCUAAGGACUGCCUUCGUUCUGUCAUGAAGAGAGUGAACCACAAAGAUCCUCAUGUUGCUAUGCAGGCAUUAACACUUCUAGGAGCCUGUGUAUCAAACUGUGGGAAGAUCUUCCAUUUAGAAGUCUGUUCAAGAGAUUUUGCCAGUGAAGUAAGCAAUGUGUUGAAUAAGGGUCAUCCAAAGGUUUGUGAAAAGCUGAAGGCCCUCAUGGUGGAAUGGACUGAUGAAUUCAAGAAUGACCCACAGCUUAGCUUAAUAUCUGCUAUGAUUAAAAACCUGAAGGAGCAAGGGGUCACUUUCCCAGCGGUUGGUUCCCAGGCUGCAGAACAGGCAAAAGCAAGUCCAGCCCUGGUUGCCAAAGAUCCUGGUACAGUGGCCAACAAAAAGGAAGAGGAGGAUUUAGCUAAAGCUAUUGAGCUGUCAUUGAAGGAGCAAAGGCAGCAGCAAACAGCUCUUUCCAGUCUGUACCCAAGCACCUCCAGCCUGCUCACCAAUCACAAGCACGAGGGCCGGAAGGUUCGCGCCAUCUAUGACUUUGAGGCUGCCGAAGACAACGAGCUGACCUUUAAAGCUGGAGAGCUCAUAACUAUCCUUGAUGACAGUGAUCCAAAUUGGUGGAAAGGUGAAACUCAUCAGGGUGUAGGAUUGUUUCCAUCAAAUUUUGUAACAGCUGACCUCUCUGCUGAGCCAGAAAUGAUGAAAGCUGAGAAGAAAACCGUGCAGUUCAGUGAUGAAAUUCAAGUGGAGACAAUAGAGCCUGAGCCUGAGCCAGUUUAUAUUGAUGAAGAUAAAAUGGACCAACUCUUGCAGAUGUUACAAAGUGCAGAUCCAUCUGAUGACCAGCCAGAUAUCCCAGAACUUCUUCAUCUUGAGGCAAUGUGCCACCAGAUGGGACCUCUCAUAGAUGAGAAGUUGGAAGAUAUAGACAGGAAACAUUCAGAACUUUCAGAGCUCAAUGUUAAAGCAAUGGAGGCUCUUUCUUUGUACAACAAAUUGAUGAAUGAAGACCCAAUGUGCUCCAUGUAUGCAAAGCUACAGAACCAACAGUACUACCUGCAGCCGCCUGGGGUUUCUGGCUCUCAGGUUUAUGCAGGACAACCUCCAAGCAGUGCCUACUUGGUGGCAGGGAGUGCACAGCUGGGCCACGUUCCAGGCUACAACCUUCCUUCUGAACAGCUCUCUUCUCACAGCCAAGGCACAGGGACUCCAUCUGCCAGCUCAGUGCUGCCUGCUCAGCCUGCACAGACCUCUUACACAAAUGCCAUGGGUGGCUCCGUUGCUGGACACACUUACUCUAACCAGGCCUCGGUGUACAGUCCCCCGCCUGCUGCUGUUGAUGUUGCUGCUUAUCAGAAUGCUGGAACUAAUCUGUCCCAGGUGCCAAACUAUAGCUUAGUGUCUACAGCUCUGCCACAGCCAGCAGGCAGCCAGCAAGCACCUCCACAACAGCCACAGCCUCUGCCACCUCAACAGCCGCAGCAGAGUUACUCACAGAAGGCUCUGCUAUAGGAUCCAGGACUUCCCAUUCCUCAUCUUCCCUAACCUCUGCUAAAGGCAGUUGGCAGUUGUAUGAGUUUCCUCCUUCAAUCCCUUCAACUUCCUUUAUCCUCAGCUUACUAAGAAUCUAUCCUGGUGAACAAGUUCAAUUUGCACUGACUUUUUAGGGGGUUGGUUGGUUUGUUUUUUAAUGUUGCAGAGGAACAGAUCUAUUUGGGACAUCUGAUUCCUUUGAAAAAGCCUAAAAAAGGGUACAAGAUUAUUUAUGUCAGGUAAGAUUGGCUGCUCUGUGGGAAUUCCACACAUGCAAACUGUUGUGGCAUUUGUGUUAUGUCCAUAGGGCAUGUGCCUGCCAUUGCGGCCAUUUCCUAGAGCUGUGGUGAUCAUGGGAAUGUAUUUAACACAAGGUUUCAAAAGAAUUGACUGUUUUUAUUUGAAUCAGGAUCUGACAGCCACAUUUCAGAGUUUUGUGACAGUUAUGAUGUCUUUUUCCAGGGCAGGAGGAGCAGUAAUUCUGCAUAUCAUGGUUACACUCACAAGCUAAAGGUCUGUCUAUGGAUUUGCAAACUGGUUGGAUUCCUUCGUGCAUUGCUCACAAAUAUCUCCUGACCAUUAGAUGGCUUCUCUACCAAAGGACUAGGUGACUAGGAAGUGAUCUGGGGGGAUAACAGCAAACUGUGAUUCUUAAAACUGCUAUUCAGAGGCUGCUAAACAUAUUGUGGGACCCUGCAACAGAUCACGGUCUUGCAUUUCAUCAUGAGAAGCAGGGAAUUUAUUCUUUCCAAACUACUUUGUGCAAGGAGCACCAGAACUGUGCUCUCUGUGUGUUGGUAGAGGUUACACCAAGGACAGAGGAACUGAGGUGGGAGAGAACUGACGGAGUUUGGAAGUGGAACACACACCAUGAGUAACACUGCUUCAGUCAAGCUCUCUUCAUUAGAGCAGGGAGAGUUCUGGACACUCAGAUCACUUUGUUGAACAAACCUUCAGGGCUUUCUUUUCUCUCUUGUGGCCUUGCUUAGCAAUUUGUUCUGUUUACUCUUCUUACACAAACAUUUCUGCCUUGAGCAUCUGUUCCAGCUUCCAUUGGUACUGUCUGAGUUGUUCAGCCCUUCCAUAGUCUGAAUAGCUUACAAGGCAUCUUCCUUGCAUUCUCACCCAGGUUACUUUGAAUUCUCUCCUGAAGCAUGGUAGCCUUUUCCAAAGCCUUGCAUGCUGCAGGGAUGUAAUCAGAUGGCUCUUUAAGGAGUGGGAUUUUCCCUCUGUGGCUGAGGUGCUGUAAAGGGAAGAUGGUAAGGGAAGGCAGCUUGAGUAGAGUUUCUUGUGCAAAGGCUGCUGUUGCUUUGCAUUUGCACUCACUCUGUUGAUGCUUCCUGCUUUCCUCUGAUCUUCACCAGCCACUCUGCUUCCUCUCAAAGCAAUCCUAGAUGGCUUCACCAUCAGGUCUGUGUUUGCAGCCUUGUUGGGGCCUAUAUCAGAGAUUGUUUGCUUUUGUGUAGUGCAUUGCAGUGUGGUGAUUUUGGAAUGAACUCUUGCAUCUGUACCCUGAAUAAGCACUCCUGUGUCUGGUCACAGCUACCUGCCGUGCCUUUGUCUCACAGGUGUUUGUUUGCCUGGUGGUGCUUUCAGAUGACUGCUUCACGUCACUUCUGACUAGGCUGGUGACAAAAUGUGCCCACAGCUGAUGUGUUCCAGUCAGGGAUGUGCCAGCCAGCUGGUGCUUGGAUAGGAGCUUUAAUAGUGGGUUCUCACGUGUUGCUUUGCUCGUAACUCUUCAGCACCCCCACAAACUGUCGUUCCUGCAGCACUUGCUGUCAUCACAAAAUUCUGUGCAGUUGGAGAGGAAAUACUGAAAAUAAAUAAUAAAAACCCCCAAGAUCUUGUGUCAGGUCAUUGUCAGCAGAUUGAAGAGGUGAUUUUGUUCGCCAAGGGCAUGUUGCAGCAUUUGGAUAGCACUCUCUGUGGCCUUUAGGUACCGUACUCCAAAAUCACAGAGGCAAGGUGUGGCACUGCUAAGGAUGUGGCAUUGUCACCACGGUGAGGAGAACUUUUUACUUAGGCCCUGAUUCAAGGAGGAGCUUGGAGCAUCACAACAGGCCACCUGACACUGAUUGGGUUUGUUCUUAGGUUUUCACAUGUCCCCAGUAAUGGCCUGUGGAACCCCUACCACUCAGCAAACCCACUUUUUGUCACUCAUUUGUGUCUUUGGUUUUAAAAUGUGUGCAGUUGUCUUUCCUUAAGGCACAGAAAUGCUUGUUCCUGGUUUCUGCUCUGAAUACUUACCUGCAACUGACCUUUCUCUGCUUUCCAAGUGAUGCAUUUAUCCAUCUCUGAGAAAAUGAAAAUCACCUUUCAUUUGUGUUUAUCAGGACUAAACUCCACUUGCUAAAAUGCAGCGGCACCCUAAAUCCAAUACAAUAAAAACAGGGCAAAAAAGGGUGGACAGCUUUUCUUUUCCUUCGUGCCUGCUCUGAGUUACCUCCUGUAGCAAAUGGUCAGGUUUAGUGCACUUGGAAUCAGUUUUUAUUGUCUACAGCUGGUGCAG